AUGCCUGUUGCUGACGCCGAUGGCGCCGAACCCUCACGGGCGGCUCGCGUCAGCCCGCGCGUGGCAGGUGACAACGUGUGGGGUCUCGCCUGGGCCGUGACUCAAGGUGCCUCACCUAUGAUGGCAGCCUCGCAGGUCAGGCAGCCAAUCGGGAGCUGCAAUGCUAUCAGGCCAAGAGGCUGCAUUGAGGGUGUCCUAUUUGAUUUAUAUGUCGUCGACCUUUUCUUUCCUUAUCUCGAUGCCAUAAUCAUAUCAUUUCAGUCUCAAACCCCUACGUCAUUUGAGUCGUUGGUACCCAAGGCAGUCAGGAUGCUUGAACCCAAGGACUUUCCUCAGAUGUGGCAGAAGCCUUCAAGCCAAGAUAUACGUUCCUGUUUGCAGAGCCUGGAAAUGAGCCCAACCAUAUGGAGCCAUAUGAGUCGUCAGCCACAGGUUGAGGAGGACCAAGAGGCUACAUCAUAUGUGCGACGCGAGAUGUCGAUGUAUCUUUCCUCCAUUGUCAAGAGUGGAUUGACCUGGAUCGAUGACGAAGAGGAGAAGGAAUUCAUCUGGUCAGAGGCGAGCCGGAGAUUAUCAGAGCGCUGUGGCAGAACAGGUAGUCAUGAAGGGUCUCGGCUUACAGUUCUCGAGCUUGGAUCAGGGACAGGGCUUCUCGGGAUUGCUGCAGCAGCUUUGUGGAGGGUCGACAUUGUGCUGAGCGACCUACCUGAAAUCAUGGCCAACUUGCACCAUAAUGCUGAUGUGAACCGUUCCGUUGUUGAGUCUCUCGGGGGCUCGCUGAAUGAUGGUGCCUUGACAUGGGGUAGCACAUCCGAGGAUGAAGUCGAUCAAGCGCUGUUCGGGGAGAAGAAUCAGUUCAAAAUUGUUCUGGCCGCGGACCCAAUGUACGACGAUAUUCACCCUGCUCUUCUCGCUGGCGCGUUUUCAGAGCAUCUGUCAUUCGACAGCGACUCGCGAGCUGUCGUUAUGGUUCCAUUGCGUGACGAAACGACCAGGAACCUCCUGAAGACCUUCAGAGCCUCUAUGGAAGCAGGCCCUGACGUAUUGCAAUGCAUAGAGGAAGGCACGCUCGACGGUCAGGAUGACUGGGGCGAGGGCGACGACAGCUCUUUGAUUAGUUGUUGGUGGGGGAUGUUUGCUCGCGCCCAGACAAACACAUAAGGACGACUGAAAACAAAUUAACAACCUACCUGAAAUGGUUGAGUUUGUUGGUGGAGAGCAUUCCUAUAUCCCAUCGCCCCGGGCAGAAUAUUUACACCACGGCGCGAGGGCUCUCAAUGACGUACGCUUCCCUUCUCAACCAACACCGAGCACCUGCCAGCAUUAAAAGAUAUCUUUCUGCUUCAACCUUGCAACCGCGGUCUGAAGAAACAAAGAGAAUGGAGCCGCGUAGCAAACCUGCCCUGAGCCGACCACCACCCUGUCCUAUCUACCCCUUUUAGUCACGACCGACCUUACCACGCCCUGUGCGACCUUCUCACAGUGCAGAAUACCAUAUCAAGGACAGCCCACUGGUGAUUCACAAUACUGGAUUCUCGUCUAUAAAGUCGAGCAGGUCAUGGAUCAGACACGACUUCACAAUUCUGCAAUCAUGCAUACUUUGCACAUGACUGAAACUUUACAUCCAGUCUUUGCAUCCCAAACAAUCACAGCGUUUUCGAAAAUAAAACCCCGAGAGAUUCAAACG